AUGGCAAAAAUCAUGAUGGCCCCCAAAUUGGUUAUGUGCGACAGACGACUUCCUUGUUUUGAUAACUAUUUUGAUAAGGCUCUGAUGUAUCUCUGGCCACGUUUCAAGGUAGUGUUUGACAUGUAUCUUCAAAGCUUAUAUCAGUGCGAUGCGCAAACAAUAUGGAUAGAUGGUACCCAUCCACACCAUAUUGCAAGGUGCUACGUGGAGUUCACAGCAUCCCUUGUUCAACUUAAUGCUGAAUGCGGAGAUGGUCAGCUUGAUAUGAACUUCGAACGCUUGCAGUCAGCUAUUGAUGUCCUACUUAUUAGGCUUGCCCAAACUUUUACAACUACCAAGCUGCAGCACCUUUUUCUUUUGAAUAAUUAUGACAUGGCCAUCUCUGUCCUCAAGGAAGCUGGUGAUGAAGCCAAAAAACUGCAAAGAUACUUUGAAGAGAAGUUAGAAACUAACAUGAUGGCUUUUGUGGAUGAUUUGCUCAUGGAACAUUUCAGUGACUUACUUCGGUUUGUGAGGAGUCAUGUUUCGGAAGACUUGGUAUCUUACACCGAUGACACCAAUAUUGCUGAUGUUGAGCCAGUUGUGAAGAACUUUGCCAUGAAGUGGAGAACUGCUCUAGAGCUCAUGCACAAUGAAGUCAUAACUUCUUGUAGUAACCUUUUGUCUGGGAUGGCAACUCUAAAAGCAGCAAUGACCCAGUUGCUUAAUGACUAUAACAGGCUCUCAGAAUGGGAAAAAUAUCCGUCGACCGUCAUGUGCAAGCGAUCCUCCAAGAUACAUCUGGAUCUGAACAUGUAUGGUCAUAUAUCGUCCAAGGUGCGGUGCAGUCCUGAGCAACUCGCCGAGUCGGCGAUACGUCCCGCCUCCUGCGGGAAUAAAGCCCGCCCCGGCCGGCCGCAACCAGGGGACAGCAGACCGCGGCGCAACCCCACCACCCAGCACCCAUCCACUGGGCCGAAAAGCGGCGGCCGGAGCAUCCCCUCGCCCUCGCCGCCGUCCGGUCUCCGUGACCACGACCGUACCGGGCUACCGGCUCUGUGGGAGAGGAGGGUGUGGGCCUGUGGCUACACCGCUACAGCACAGUGCCGGCGUGGGGCGUGUCAUGUCGCCCGCUUUUGGUGCUUAGCUAACCAUUACAGCGUUUUGGUGGAUCACACCUUUCCAAACCGUGAACCAUCUCUUGUUCUUGAAUCGGUGCAUCAACACUACAGGACACCGGAGAAAGCGAACUUUGGUAGGAUAAAGAACCAUCUCUUAUUCUUGAAUUGGUUGGUAGUGAAAUAA